UCUCUUAAAAAUGAAGCGAAAAAAAAGAAUAUCAACAGUAACGAAGGACUGAGAAUGAAAGACUGUGCGCCCGAGGGCAAACAAGACACAAUCGGUGCGCGCUGCGUCGGCUUUGCAAGCGUGCCACCACCAAUACUCAGGGGCAGGAUGCGACAGCGAUGCGCAUGGAGAGGAACAAAUCGCGACGUGGGGGAAGCGUAUCGUAUCGUAUGCAAUGCAAUGCAACAACCUUGAGCUUGAGUGCUUUGGAUAGCUGUCCUGUCCUGGUAGGGCAAAUCGAGGCCUGUCUGUUCAGGAUGGGGGAAGAUGCAAGGAAUGGUGGCCGGAACGGAAUUACAUCGAGCUUUUCGCGGAACUCCAAACUCUGGCACAACCGCAACGCUGUCACUCUUUUGCUUGGCUUGCGCAAAACAGAGAAAAAAAAAACGAGGCCGCGCUGCUGCAGGUCGCGAGAUCGAAUGUGCCUGUGCUUGUGCCUGUGCCUGAGAGUCCACUUGUUGCUAAGCGCCGCGCCGCAGAUACAUGGAGUGCAAGGGGGGUCUAGACAAGGCAAUGCAAACUUGGUGCCACCCACACGAAGCACAGACAGAACAGCAUCAAAAGACAAGACAAGACAGACAAGUAAAGAGAUUGUCAGUGGUACCGCGCCAUUGGAUUGGAUGGGCAGUCGAAUGAUAGCAGGCAAACGCGUUCCAGCCUGCCAGACGCGGGGCCCACGACAAGAGCAGCGCAUCUCAACAGCCGGCCUGGCAUUCCUCUUCCCUGCCCAUUAGCAAUCCCGUCCACGAUGCUACGAGGUCUUUCGA